UUUUUUUUUUUUUUUUUUUUUUUUUUUUUUUUUUUUUUUUUUUAGUAACUGAUACUUUGUGAUACGUCAAAGAAAAAAAUUGGGAAAGAAACCGAAAAAUGGGAAAGUCAUAAAACUAGCAAUUGACUACACUCUCUUUUAAACCUAGCCAUCUCAUGUGUCUUUAGAGCGACCUUUCAAACACGGGAUGCAUCUUUGCAGCAACUUCACUGACACCAAAUAAAAAAUGGACACGUGGCAUGAAAGACGCAUGAGGGAAGUCCCAGACGUGUGAGAAAGACCUUCAAAUACGCAUCUCGUGCUUGGAAGACGGAUCCCAGACGCCAGAACAACUCUCGAAAAACCUUCAAAGACGUAUCUUGUGCUUAAAAGAUCGCUCAAAAAGCACAUAAGAUCAAUGUUUUAAAUACCGGUAUGAACCGGCCGGUUAUACCGGUUAAACCGGAUAUCGGACACGAGUCCGGUACGAUAAAGGCCGGUAAAAUCCGAAUACGGUAUGUCUUAUGUACCGGCGGUAAAUCCGGUUUUACCGGUUCAAACCGUUGAACCGGUUUGCAUUAUCUUAAGGGGGUGUUUGGGGUUGAGUUUUGAAAAUAGAUUAUGCGUUUUGAAUAAUCAGAAUCAGAUAAUUAGCUGUAACAAAACGUGCUGCAGAAAGAUAGUGUUUGGAUUUGAUUAUGUUGUUUGAUAUCACAAUAAUCAGAUAAUCAACAUUGUUUGGAUUUGAUUAUGUUGUUUGAUAUCACAAUAAUCAGAUAAUCAACUAUUUGAGUGUUUGGCAAGUAUCUAUAUUUUAAAAAAAAAUAAAUAAGUGAAAACGUAAAAAAUCAGUUUUUGGAUUAUCACGUUUUCCUGCAGCAAGGGGUGACCUACUUAUGGAUUAUCACGUUUUGAACUCUACAAAACGUAAUAAAUCACUUUUUAUUAAUUUUUUACCAAACACUCAAAAUAGAUUUUUUGCGAUUUCAAAACACAAUAAUCAAAUAAUCAGGUUCAAAACGCAAUCCCAAACACCCUCUAAGAUUUGGUUGCUUGAUUUUAAUAAAAUACGAUAUUAAGGUAAUAUUGAUCUUCCAUAUUUCCGGUAAUUAACCCAGUGUAAUCUAUUCCAAUAUUUCAUCGUUGUUGAAAUUGUUACUCAUCUCGUACAAUGCAAUAUUGUUUAUAACUAAUAAAAAUAUUCUUAAAAUGCUUAAUAGUUUACAAUAAAAAUAGUUGUUUUUAGAUAAAACUAUGAUCAAUUACAUAAAUCCAAGUUGAGAUUUGAUUGUUUUUUAGAUGAAUUUGUAUUUUUUUGGAAUUUAUAAGGUUAAUUAGUAACCCGGUUCAACCGCCUGAUACAACCCGGUUCAACCGGUUGAACCAUUUUAGAGCCCAACCCGGUAUUACUUAAAAACCGGUUUCGACGUACACCCCCCUAUUUACUUUUUUCACCCCCCUCUUCUCACAUACUUACAGGUGGGGCCUGCGUGGGACCGACAGUUUCCCUCUCACAAGGGGGGGUGUAAUCAGGAAGGGUGGGGGUGCGUAUAGAAUGAGCCAUUACUUACCAUAACACCCAAGUUACCAAAAAUAUUCACAAUACUGAGCGAAUCAGAUUCUGCCACGUAAGAUUUAAGUUUCUCCGUUGUUCUGAAAUCUUCUUCCCCAAAGUUCAAAACCAUAUUGUGCGAGAGAAGACCUAGAAAGAAGAUCUCAAUAUUUUAAUGGCGUACGUCGAAAAAGGUGUUGUGAAAUCCAAUCGAUCCAUAUGGCGUCUCAGAACAAUCAUCGAUUUCUUUUGGGCAAUCAUCAAUUUCAUUUCUGUGUUCUUCGUCACUAUGUUUUCGAUGGAGAAAUCUGACGGCUACAAGAAGUCAUCUGGUUCCAGCAAGAAAUGGGAUGGUGGCGGCCCUGGUGGCGGUCCAUAUGGUGGUGGCCCACGCGGGCCACCCCGUGGAUUAGACAAUGUUAGAGGGAUAGACCACAACUCUCUUCCUGCAUGUGGAUCUUGCUGUGGAGGUUAAAAGGUUGCAAAUUCAGAUACGUACAGUCUUUCUGUCAACGUUGUUAACCGAUAACAAUAAAAGUUGUGUAAAAGUGUUUUUUUUUUUUUGGUGUUAUUUUAAUAUCUUACUGCUUGUUUGACGUUGCGUUUUAACAUAGUUAUGUGAUAUGGAAUAACCAGAAUAUGAUUUUCAGCUUUAAGAUAACAAAAUGGGUUGAAAGAGAGUGUUUUGGAUUA